CUUCAUAUUCGACCCAAACUGCAUCUUGUUCUCGUCGCUCGUUGUUGUUGCUGUUCCCCUCUCUGGAAACCAUUGCGCCGUGCACCAGCCGCCUCGCCUCGGCUCCACUGCACUCGACGGACCGAAGCGAUCUGCACCGCGUCAGGCUGAAUAGCAGACAGCCAGCCAGCUGCAAGUGAGGCUCAUAUCCCGAUCUAAAUCUCGACGGCAGAGACGCUUGUCGCAGUCACUCGUUUAAUCACGCUCCUCUGCUCUGUAUGCCGACGUCUCUUGAAUCGCUCGCUGGCACUGCGCGAGAAUCGACGGCUUCUCGGCCAGGCACCACCACCUGAAUCGCGAACAAGGCACCACCCCGCUGCGGAAGGCGCGAACCACCGACUCAAUGCGCUCUAGCAACAAGAGCUAUGUCAACAUCAACGACGCGGGCAGCGAGAGGAGAGAGGGCACGCCGUGGUACUGGCGCCUCAUAGCCCUGGCGGCGUCAUGGAUGAUAUUGGGAGGCUACCUCAUCCUGCCCGGCCUCUACGCGAACGAUCCCAAGCUUAGGUUCAGCGAAGCAGUUCUGUCUGUCUUUGUUGUCGCACUCCUCACUGCCGGCUAUUCAUUCACGGCGCUGCUCUGCUUCGCUUGUCGCAAUGAGCGCUUCCAAGCUGAAGCUGUCUUUCUCCCCGCACUCACCUCCUCCGCCCUCGGCCUGAUUUCCAUAGCCUACAACUUCCUCUCAUCCCACAACUAUCACUGGGGCAAUGCCGCCAUCAGCGGCACCGUAACCAGCGCCGCUGGCACCCUCCUCUACAGCUCUCUCCUCCUCUGGACAUACCGCCGAAUAGUAAAGUCCAAACGCCAGACAGACACGCGCGCAAACCUCUGGUCCGAGCAAUCAUACUACAGCAACUUCAUCCCCAACAUGUACCCCACCGCCAUGCGCUCGCCCUCUAACCCACCACCCGACGCCGUGUACACAGAAGACGAUCGUGUCAACCAGCAAAUGGCGCUGCUCCUCGCAAAAGGCGACCCACGACCCAGUCCCGAUGCCAACAGCACCUUCAGAAUAGACCUGCCAGAAGACCGGGAACAGCAAGAAAGACAUCUGCGCAGUCAGGAGUUGGUCGGUACGCCUGCACAAACACAUGUCGACUGGAACCGCGAUCGAUCCGACAGUAGACCUGACAGUCUGAGUGAACACCAGGCAUGGCAGCAAUGGCAGGGCCGCGGAAGAAGUACAAAUCGGCCGUCGAGUGCGGAUGGAAGAAUCAGUAACCACUCGAGAAAUGUCAGCCGCGAGGAGCGGAGGAGAGAGAUUGAGCUUGGUCAACUGCAGCGCACAUGACCUUCUCACCGAGUCUGCACAUCUUCUACCUUGUUUACACAAAACUACGCAUUCUCUACGCACAUGGAUAGCGUCGGUGUUCUGGGCUUGGCGUUUUUGCGUGGUCCGCGGUUGAUACCUUUGUAUGUUUGCUCAUCCAUCGCUUUGAAUUUCGGAAGCUGUACUGUAACGAUGUAUGUGUUACGGAGUUGUUUGGCAUAUUUUGGCAGGCUAGAUUUUGGUCUCUGUGUUGCUAUCGCCUAUCGAGUCAAAUACCAAAUCAUCACAUCUGCAA